AUGGAUGAACUGGGUGAAACUUUGCUUGGGCUUGAGAAUGAUUUCUUCACCGAAGAUAUUGAUUUGGAGAGUCUGCCCCUGGAAUACGUUUUUGAGCGCCUGAAGACAUCUGGCAGGGGCCUUUCGUCAGCAGAUGCUGCAGAACGCUUGCAGCUGUUUGGUGCAAACAGAUUGGAGGAGAAGCAUGACAACAAGGUCAUCAAGUUCCUCAGCUUCAUGUGGAACCCUUUGUCCUGGGUGAUGGAGGCAGCAGCAGUGAUGGCAUUGGUCCUAGCAAAUGGUGGUAGCCAAGGUACUGACUGGGAGGAUUUUCUGGGAAUCGUCUGUCUCCUGAUUGUCAAUUCAACAAUCAGCUUCAUCGAGGAAAACAAUGCUGGCAAUGCUGCUGCUGCACUCAUGGCCCGGUUGGCGUUAAAAACAAAGGUUCUUAGAGAUGGUAAAUGGCAAGAGCUGGAUGCUUCUACAUUGGUACCUGGAGAUAUCAUCAGCAUCAGGCUUGGUGACAUUGUCCCUGCAGAUGCACGCCUACUUGAGGGAGACCCUCUGAAAAUUGAUCAGUCAGCUCUUACUGGUGAAUCCCUUCCUGUUACCAAAAGAACAGGUGACCUAGUGUUCACUGGUUCAACAUGCAAGCAUGGUGAAGUUGAAGCUGUUGUCAUUGCAACUGGGAUCAACUCUUUCUUUGGCAAGGCAGCUCAUCUAGUAGACUCCACUGAGGUUGUUGGCCAUUUUCAGAAGGUUCUUACCUCCAUAGGGAACUUCUGUAUCUGCUCAAUCGCCAUUGGGGUGAUUGUUGAGGUUAUCAUCAUGUUUCCAAUCCAGCACCGGUCGUACCGAGAUGGGAUCAACAAUGUACUUGUUCUUCUUAUCGGAGGGAUACCGAUCGCAAUGCCUACUGUUCUGUCAGUCACACUUGCAAUAGGUUCUCAUCAUCUGUCCCAACAGGGUGCUAUCACUAAAAGGAUGACAGCCAUCGAAGAAAUGGCAGGAAUGGAUGUUCUCUGCUGUGACAAAACUGGAACUCUCACUCUAAAUCAUCUCACUGUUGACAAGAACCUAAUUGAGGUUUUCAGCAGAGAAAUGGACAGGGAAAUGAUUAUCCUGCUGGCUGCAAGAGCAUCAAGAGUGGACAAUCAAGACGCAAUCGAUAUGGCCAUAAUAAACAUGCUAGCCGAUCCCAAAGAGGCACGCUCUAGCAUCACUGAAGUUCACUUCCUUCCAUUCAAUCCAGUCGAUAAGAGGACGGCUAUAACGUACAUUGAUUCUGAUGGUAAUUGGUUCAGAGUCAGCAAAGGUGCUCCUGAUCAGAUCCUCAGCCUGUGCUACAAUAAGGAUGAUCUUGCUGAAAAGGUGCAGCUGGUCAUCGACAGAUUCGCAGAGAGGGGCCUCCGUUCACUUGCAGUCGCUUACCAGGAGGUACCAGAGAAAUCGAGGCACGGCCAUGGCGGACCAUGGGUGUUCUGCGGCCUCCUGCCGCUGUUCGAUCCGCCGCGGCACGACAGCGCCGAGACCAUCCGCCGAGCGCUGGAUCUUGGCGUUUGCGUGAAGAUGAUCACCGGCGAUCACCUGGCCAUCGCGAAAGAGACCGGCCGCCGUCUGGGGAUGGGGACCAACAUGUACCCGUCGGCGUCGCUGUUCGGCCGCCGCGGCGGCGGCGGCGACGCGGCCGUUCCGGUGGACGAGCUCGUCGAGAAGGCCGACGGGUUCGCCGGCGUGUUCCCGGAGCACAAGUACGAGAUCGUGAGGAUCCUGCAGCGGGAGGGCGGGCACGUCUGCGGGAUGACGGGCGACGGCGUGAACGACGCGCCGGCGCUGAAGAAGGCCGACAUCGGCAUCGCCGUGUCCGACGCGACGGACGCCGCGAGGGGCGCCGCCGACAUCGUGCUCACGGAGCCCGGCCUGAGCGUCAUCGUCAGCGCCGUCUUGACCAGCCGCGCCAUUUUCCAGCGGAUGAAGAACUACACGAUUUAUGCAGUGUCCAUCACUAUAAGGAUAGUGCUUGGGUUUGUUCUUCUGGCAUCGAUUUGGGAGUAUGACUUCCCUCCGUUUAUGGUUCUGAUCAUAGCCAUACUGAAUGACGGGACUAUCAUGACAAUCUCAAAGGAUCGCGUGAAGCCAUCACCAAACCCAGAUAGCUGGAAACUGAAUGAGAUAUUUGCAGCUGGAGUUGUCAUAGGAACCUACCUCGCAUUGGUCACGGUGCUGUUCUACUGGACAGUCGCACGAACAACAUUCUUUGAGUCUCACUUCAAGGUGAGAUCCCUGAAGCAAAACGCAGACGAGAUCUCGUCGGCGAUGUAUCUGCAAGUCAGCAUCAUCAGCCAGGCCCUGAUAUUUGUGACACGCAGCCAGGGUCUCUCCUUCCUCGAGAGGCCUGGAGCUCUGCUGAUAUGUGCUUUUGUCCUGGCACAGCUGGUGGCUACACUGAUUGCUGUCUAUGCAACGAUCAGCUUCGCGUCGAUCAGCGCGAUCGGAUGGGGCUGGGCGGGCGUGAUAUGGCUGUACAGCGUGGUGUUCUACGCCCCCCUCGAUGUGAUCAAGAUCGCAGCCCGCUACUCGCUCAGCGGCGAGGCCUGGAACCUGGUGUUCGACAGGAAGGCCGCGUUUACGAGUAGGAGAGACUACGGCGGCAAGGAGCACCGGCCGCCGGAGACCAGGCAGCCGCGGCCUCAUCAUCAACGGAGGAGGGCGCUCUCCGAUCAUGUCCUCAGCAGCGGAUGGCGGCCGUCGCUGAUCGCGGAGCGAGCCAAGCGGCGUGCAGAGAUCGCCAGAUUGGGAGAAGCGCACAUGCUGAGGGCGCAUGUGCAAUCGGUAAUGAAGCUGAAGCGGGUUGAUUCUGACUUGAUUCAAUCGGCUCAGACUGUUUGAUUUGCUUGGGUAGAUUCAGGCGAUAUCUUGAGAAUUAAAAAGUAAAAGCCGUCAGUUUGUGUGGAAAAUGUCCGCAACAUUAUAAUGAGAGAUGAUAAAUUUAUUUGAACCUGAUGGAAAAUGUCCGCAACAUGUACUCUUAGCCCUAAGCUGGUUUAAACUCUUGAUGAAAAACUGUUUUUUUUCCCAGAAUGUUGCCGUGUAUGUGGAGCAGAAACUUACCGACUCCGCUUGCUGUAGAUAAGUUCAGAAUGUUAUCGUGGCCUCCUGUAAUGAUUUGCA